AAUACUACAAGUAAUCGCCACCCCUUCAGAAUCAACGACUUAAAUUCUAUUCUCUCAAUUAGCCAACAAAGAAAUUGAUGAAACCAAGAACAACAACCUCAGUCUAUUUAACCAGAGAAGGGAAACUUUUAUCAAACAAAUUCAAUAAUAAAUAAACAUGUUCAGGCUCUGCCUGUCUCUGUGCUUGGUUGGCUUGUUAUUGAGCCAUUGCCAUUUUAAAGGUGCUGAAGCAUUGAGGAGUGACAAGCUUUGCAGCCAGUGCUCUAAAUGUGAUUCAAGUAAAUGUCCUGCAAGUGAAGCUUAUCCCCAUAUGACAGGAUUCGAUGACAGUCUCAUUGUGGGCGCCUUGCAGUCGGAUUAUGUGGAAGCGAACGACAGGGGAGUUUACUCAGUUCCGGAUGUCAAAGGUGGUGAGUCUGAAGAAUAUAAUUCUUAUUUUGGGUGGAAGUCUACUUCUGGUUCAGCUUCUGGCUACCACAGGUUUAGCAACUACAUGGACAAGUGCUCUGGUGGGCAAAGCUACCUCACUGUGGACAAAAACGAAAAGGUGAGUCUGAGAUCAUUGAGCUCCCUGGAAAGCUUGGCCGAGGCUGACUGGAAGUCCAUUAAUCCACCGGUGAAGCUGAACCAUCGUGGGUUCCGAUUCUGGGUUUCUGGCAGUACUGGAAAAUGCCUGACAGUUUUUCCAUGGAGGAAAAAUAAACGGAGUGUUGGUGUGGCUGAGUGCAAGUUUGAUGGCUCAAAUGUUAACCAGCUUUUUGCCUUCCGGUUCCAUUACCACAAAGCCUUCUGUUGCUGUGGUGUUCACAAUGAGUAA